CACGCGAUCAGUUGGGAUCAGUUGAGAUUCGACGCGAUCAAGAUGAGAUCCUGGUACUUGGUACUCUGCCUGCUGCUAAUCGCAGCAUUCACAUUUCAGCCCGCCGAAGCUCGGGGCGGAAGGGGGCGUGGCGGCGGCUCGUUCGGCGGCCUCUUCGGUGGAUGGCGCAAGUACAAGAAGCCCUCCUCGUCGGGCGGUGCGCGGCGGGUGGUGAGCGGAUCGCCGGUUCACACGGCCAUGACGGUGCCGAAGCUACCGCCGCCGCCCCCUGCACCGCCGAAGCCGAUGAUGCCGCCCAAGCAACAGAUCCCCAGCUAUCCGCGCCAGCAAAUGCCAGCGGGCUACGGAUACGGGUCGCAUCCUGGCCAGGGAAGCGGGACGUACUACGCCAAUGCACAGGCCCUGCCCGCAGGAGCUGUCUACUACGCCCAACCACCUGUGGGAAUGAACAGGGGACUGGGAACGGGUGAUUUCCUCACCGGAAUGCUGGCGGGGCACAUGAUGAACAACCUGCUGUUUGGCCACCGACAUCAUGUGUACCACAGAAAUCAGGAGGGAGGACCGUCACCUCAGGGAAAUGGUCGCCAGAUCAUCAUCGUCAAUAAUGGUCAACAGGAGGGAGUUUUGCAGAACGAAACCACUAUUUCGGGGGAAGCCUCCGCUGUGGUGCCCCCCGAAAAUCCACUCACUGAGGAGGAGGAGGAGGAGCCGGAGGAGGGGCUGGGCGAGGGGGAAAGUGAACCCGUUUCUAGUGAGGAAUCCCCAGAAUUUGAGGCAACUUCUCAACCCUAUCCAGAUGGUGGCAUAAUUUGCUUCCCCAUCACUUUGAACGAAACAGAUCCCCAAAACUCAGAGGUGAUGCGAGAAGUGGAGCGGGUGGUUUGCUUCCCAGCACCGCCCAACAAUCCGGACCAAUUCCAACCCACCGCAACCACUGAGCCACCCAUUGUUGCCGGCGAUAUUGUUGGUGGUGCAGAGGAUGGGUCGCACGGUGGUGCAGGUGACGAGGUCAGCAAUGCCAAUGCCGGUGCCCCUAUCGAGGUGGCCAACUUUGUAGCAGCAAGAGCCGCACAAGUCGAAUUGGACUCCUAAGAUUUUAGCUAAGUGAAAUAAAGUUAAAUAAACAUAAUAACUUA